GCUUAUCUUAAGAGCCUGAAGUCUUGCUCAUCCUUAACAUCAGGUGACCAGUGACAUCAACCAUGUCUGUGAGGCCUUUUGAAAGUCCACCUCCUUACCGACCUGACGAAUUCAAACCCAAUCAUUAUGCACCAAGCAAUGAUGUGUAUGGUGGGGAAAUGCACGUUCGACCAAUGCUCUCCCAGCCGGCAUACUCCUUUUACCCAGAAGAUGAAAUUCUUCACUUCUACAAAUGGACAUCACCUCCAGGAGUGAUUCGGAUCCUGUCUAUGCUCAUUAUCGUGAUGUGCAUCGCCAUAUUUGCCUGUGUGGCUUCCACGCUUGCUUGGGACAGAGGCUAUGGAACUGGCAUCUUUGGAGGUAGCCUAGGCUACCCUUAUGGAGGAAGCGGCUUUGGUGGCUAUGGAAGUGGCUAUGGCUAUGGCUAUGGCUAUGGUUAUGGCUAUGGAGGGUAUACAGAUCCAAGAGCAGCCAAAGGUUUCCUGUUGGCCAUGGCAGCCUUUUGCUUCAUUGCCUCCUUGGUAAUAUUUGUUACCAGUGUUAUAAGAGCUGGAAUGUCCAGAACAAGAAGAUAUUACUUGAUUGUGAUCAUAGUCAGCGUUAUCCUGGGCAUCAUGGUGUUUAUUGCAACAAUCGUGUAUAUAAUGGGAGUCAACCCAACUGCCCAGGCUUCUGGAUCUAUGUACGGUUCACAAAUAUAUGCCCUCUGCAAUCAGUUCUAUACUGGAGCUACUGGACUCUACGUGGAUCAAUAUUUGUAUCACUACUGUGUGGUGGAUCCCCAGGAGGCUAUAGCCAUCGUCCUGGGCUUCAUGAUUAUCGUGGCUUUUGCUUUAAUCGUUUUUUUUGCUGUGAAAACCCGAAGGAAGAUGGACCGGUAUGACAAGUCCAAUAUUUUGUGGGAUAAAGAACAUAUUUAUGAUGAGCAGCCCCCCAAUGUCGAAGAGUGGGUUAAGAAUGUGUCUGCGGGCACACAAGACAUGCCUCCACCACCAUCUGACUAUGUGGAGAGAGUUGACAGUCCGGUGGCCUACUCCUCCAACGGCAAAGUGAAUGACAAGCGGUCAUACCCAGAGUCUUUCUAUAAGUCAACACCAUUGGUGCCUGAAGUGGCUCAGGAGCUUCCUCUGACUUGGCCUGUGGACGACUUCAGACAGCCUCGCUACAGCAGCAACGGUAACCCAGAGACACCUUCCAAAAGGGCUCCCACAAAGGGAAGAGCGGGAAGGUCGAGGAGAACCGAGCCGGACCACUAUGAGACAGACUACACGACCGGGGGCGAAUCCUGCGACGAGCUGGAGGAGGACUGGGUCAGGGAGUAUCCACCUAUCACUUCAGAUCAACAAAGACAGCUCUACAAGAGGAAUUUUGACACAGGUCUGCAGGAGUACAAGAGUUUACAGGCUGAACUCGACGAGGUCAAUAAAGAGCUCUCUCGUCUAGACAGAGAAUUGGAUGACUACAGAGAAGAAAGUGAAGAGUAUAUGGCUGCCGCUGAUGAAUAUAAUAGACUAAAGCAAGUUAAAGGAUCUGCAGAUUAUAAAAGUAAGAGGAAUUACUGCAAGCAGUUGAAGAGCAAAUUGUCGCACAUCAAGAGGAUGGUUGGGGACUAUGACAGACGAAAAACUUAGGCAGCUGCCCCGCUGCUGGAGAAGUGAGGCACAUCCGUCUGCCUGAUGUCGCUGCAAUUCUCUCCAGAGGCAAAGUGACUUUGGACUCUAGUCUGGGAAGUUAAACUUUGUGAUCAUUACAAAGUUUCCAUAGCUUUAAUUCCGUCAGUUUCACAUCAUCAGUAUUGAAACAUUGUAUAAAUGGCUUUUAUAAUCCACUGGGCUGAACACUCCAAUUGAGAAUUUCACACUUUCAAUGUGGAUUCCUGUAUUAAGAAUGACAUAUUGUUUGAGGUUUUAAACUUAAAGACAGGUCCUGGUGUGGACUGUGUUGUGAACUUUCACAUGCCAGACAAUGAUGUCUUAAUACCCAGGUGUGUUCCUCCAGGUAGAGGCCAACUUAUUAAUCAUCUCAACAGCCCUUCAGGUGACUAUUAUUUAUAAUCCCUUUUCAGGUAAGGAAAUUGGGUCCCUGCCAUGAUAUCUCUACAGUGAAACUGCUUGCUUCCCAAAGCAGUUAUUGCUAAGUCUGUUUAUUACUCUGCAAAUAAUAGCAUUCCCACCUUUUGUAUUUCCAUUACUGAGUACAGUACAUUCUACUGACCACCUUCCCUGCUGUGUACAAUACAUUCUAAAGACCAUCUUCCCUACUGUGCACAGUACAUUCUAUCGGCCGCCUUCCCUACUGAGUUUCUUCUUAUAUUUACUUUAACAUAAAUGAUUAGGAUUAUUUUGGGUUCACAUCAUUUUUCCUGAUCCUUAAGAUCAUGUAAAAUUAACAAAUAUGUAAAGUUUAAAAAUUGUAAAUAUAUAUAUUUACUUUUGAAAGAUCAUUUUAAAUCCAGGGUUAGAGUUUUGUGUAUUUUUUAUAGUGCUUUUUAUCUUUGAUAGUUUACAUGCUUUUUUUUUUUUUUUUGAUCUUUUCACUGUAUCAGAGUAUCCAAUUACAUUUUUAAUGAUGACUUGAAUUGUAUUUCACAGGAAUGUUCAAGUUCUGUACAUAUUUUGGAAGGUAUUAAACCUGGCAUUCUCUUUCUAAAAUGUGCUUGUUUGAUGUCAUUAGUGCUGUUAUACUCAGCUGUGAAAAACUACACUCAAGAGUUUCGGUUUUGGGCACUACCUUGGGUUCUGUGCAGGCUGGUGAUUCCUAGUCUGUGGGGAGUGAAAAAGCUAAUCUGUCUGGAAAUGGAAUAAUGCUCAUAGAACAGCAGUGUCUGUAAAUCUCAUGAUGUUCUUUAAAAAUUAAAAUUCUUGGUAAUAGCAUAAAAUUAGUUGGUCAUACUGUAUACACCAAAUUGAUUGUGUACAUCCAGCCCAGUUUGGUCUGGUUUUUUUUUCUGAAAAUGUUUUAUAUACCUUCUAGGCAUCGAAGUACAUGUUUUUGUGUAUACAAUUUUGAAUUAUUUUCCGAAGAUAAACUUUUAAAUAAUGUUUUUGUGCAACCCUGGUUCAUUUUUUUUUUUUUCAAAUUGAAGGAAAAUUUUACUUUUUAUGUGCUAAACAUAAUACAAGAAGUAUUUUCGUAGCUUUGGGAUUGACCCCGAGUGAAAGGGCUUCAUGAUCACCUUCCCUGGCUCUUAGGGUAACUAACUCUUUGUUCUUGGAGAUCACUGUACUUCUGUGUGGUUUUGUUUGGGACAGGGUUUCACGAGGUUUGCUCAAGCUAGCCUUGAACUAACGGGUAGUUCAGGUCGGCUUCAAAUUUUCAGUCCUUCUGCUUCUGCCUCCCAGGUGGUGGGAUUACAGGCUCUCGUCCAUGCCUGGCUCAUACUUAGGUUAUGAAUCUAACCUGCUGGUGUCCUCACAGGGCAAACCUGUUUUGUUGAAUGAAGAAACUGAAGCGGGAGGAAUUCUAAAACCGUGCCAUACAAUUGUAUGUUGGAAUAAAAGAAAUGAUUCUUUUCCAGUGUGGUGCUACACUGUAGGCUUAAAGCCACUUCCGGAAUACGUCUGUUGGUGCUGCUGUUACCUAGCUGGAUCCAACCUAGAGAAUCCACGUGGGCAGUGUCCUAACAAAUAAUGGGGUUAGGUUGAACUUCAGAGGUCACUUGUCCAUGCUGACCCAUGCUUCUCAUACCUGCUUUUUGCUGAUAAACUGUUCUGGGGGAUAGUUUGUGAAAACAUAACCCUUCUUAUAAAAGUUCCCUGCAUAAAGUGAUGCCUUAUGUGUGUGAUUUUUUUUUUAAAUUAAAAGUGUGUAGAAUCAAUGUUUUCCAUUUGAAAAGCUGAAAAAUUAGUACAAACAUACAUGAACACACCCCUCAGAAAGAAGAGGUGAUAGUGUUUUGUUGUUUAUUUGUUUGUUUCUGAGACAGGGUUUCUCUCUGUAACAGCCCUGGCUGUUCUGGAACUCACAGAGAUCCACCUGCCUCUGCCUCCCAAGUGCUGGGAUUAAAGGAGUGCGCCACCACUGGCUAUUGAUAAUGUUUUGUUGUAUGUGCUUUAUAUUUUUGAAAUAAAGUCUAGUAUUUACAGUAAA